AAAAUGCCCAUCAUCAAGUUGCAAUCUUCGGACGAGGAGAUCUUCGAAACGGACAUCCAGAUCGCCAAGUGCUCGGGAACAAUUAAGAUCAUGCUGGAGGAUUGCGGCAUGGAGAACGACGAGAAUGCCAUUGUACCGCUGCCCAAUGUGAACUCGGAGAUUCUUCGUAAAGUACUCACCUGGGCUCAAUACCACAAGGACGAUCCCCAACCAAUCGAGAAUGACGACAGCAAGUAUAAUUGCAGCGACGACAUCAUCGCCUGGGAUCUAGAAUUCCUGAAGGUCGAUCAGAGCACCCUGUUUGAGCUCAUCCUGGCGGCCAACUAUCUGGAUAUCAAGGGACUGCUGGAGCUCACCUGCAAGUCGGUGGCCAAUAUGAUCAAGGGCAAGACGGCCAAAAAGAUCCGCCAGACCUUUAAUAUCAAGAAGGAGGACGGCAGCGAGAGCAGCGACAGCGAGUGA